ACGGAAAGAAAAAGCGGGAGAGAGUACAAGGGAUAGGGGGGUGGGGCCCGCAGGCGCAGGCGCACAGCACGGAGCGUGGAGCCGCGCCGUCUCCUCUUCUGCUCCGCUGAAACUCCGGAGCUCGCUGCCUUGCUCGCUCGCAUAUAGCGGGGAGAGCCCGGGAGGGACUGGAGGGAAGUGGAGCAAGAAGAGUGUGGGCAAGAGGGGGGAGGGAGCACUCCUGCAGACCUGCACCAUGCGCCCAUCUCGCUGUUGUGUUCCCCUUUUUCUUCUGCUACUAUCACAUUUGGCAUUUGCUAGACCUCUCUUUCCACUACCAAGUAAGACGAAGAACGAAGAGAAAAGGCCCAUACAGACAUUUCGACCAUAUAAUAUUGCUCAUCGUGGCUCAAACGGGGAAAUUCCUGAAGAAACAGCUGUUGCAUACCUGAGGGCUAUUGAAGAAGGUGCAGAUUUUAUAGAGACUGACAUCCUUGCUAGCAAAGAUGGGACCUUGAUCUGUUUUCAUGAUGUAACACUUGAUGAGACAACUGAUGUUGCCGAGCAUAAGGAGUUUGCCAAUCGAAGAAGAACCUAUGAAGUGGAGUGGUCUAAUGUUACUGGAUGGUUUGUAGUGGACUUCACCCUGGAGGAACUUAAAACACUUAAAGUGAAGCAGAGAUACUCAUUCAGAGAUCAACAGUACAAUGGUAUGUUUUCAAUCAUCACGUUUGAAGAAUUCAUUUCAAUUGCCCUAGAUGCGGAUAGAACUGUUGGCAUAUACCCAGAGAUUAAAGAUCCAGUUUUUAUCAACAAGCAUGUCAAGUGGGCUGAUGGAAAGAAGUUUGAGGACAAAUUUGUGGAUACCUUGCUUAAAUAUGGAUACAAAGGUCAAUACAUGUCAGAGAAUUGGCUAAAGCAGCCAUUGUUUAUACAAUCCUUUGCUCCCACCUCCAUUAUAUAUGUAUCCAAAUUGAUUGACUCUCCCAAGGUAUUUUUGAUUGAUGAUAUAACUGUGAGAACACAAGACACGAACCAGUCAUACUGGGAAAUAACUUCAGAUGACUACCUUGCAUAUAUUGGGAAAUACGUUGUCGGCCUUGGUCCAUGGAAAGAUACCAUUGUUCCAGCUGCAGGAAACUACUUGAUGCCACCAAGUGAUCUUGUUGCACGGGCACAUGCUCAUAAUCUCCAGCAUUCUGUUGUUGUGCAGGUGCAUCCAUACACUUACAGGAAUGAGAACCAGUUCCUGCACUUCAACUUCCAUCAGGAUCCCUACGCUGAAUAUGAUUUCUGGAUAAAGAAUGUGGGGGUUGAUGGACUGUUUACAGAUUUCACUGGAACCCUUCACCAGUACCAAGAAUUGACAUCCCCGCACCGGAAGGAUGAAACUGCAAACAGCCUCCUAGUAAAAAUUAGUCAAAUGAUCUCAGCAUAUGAAGGUCUCUGAACAUUCUACCAUUGCUGAAAAUUGUUUGUACUUGCAAGACUACACGAGUGUAUCAUGGUGUUACUUGACCUUGGAAGGUUAAAGAAACGAGUUGUUUUUGCUAGGUAGCACGAGUCAUACCUCUACAUUAAAACCCUGAAUCGCUGGGGCAAAUAUCUAUGGUAGAAAUAAUUAUUUUCCGGAAGGAUUUGUAAUGGUUAGUUGUUGAUAAAUUUCUAUGGUGGAAUCCCACGAUGGGCAAGUUGCCAAGGUCUUGUUUA